AUCAAAUAAAUUUUAUCCCCAAUUUUGGGCUGAGCUCACAAGUCACAAGUGAGUGACCAAAUAAGCAGCGAAAUUGAAAACCCUAGCUUGACAAUCUGCCGCGCCCAAGCUCCACAGGUUCGACGGACAUCAAACAUUCAAUUCAAGCCUGCCCGCCGGUGAACUACUACAAUGUCGACAGCUCAGGGCAGCCAGAACAAUGGAGAUAUCUUAAUGCUGGAGGCCGCUCCAGAUGCCUCUCGUCCCUGGUCAAGCGCUUCCAAUGCAGAAAUUAUUGACGCGUUGCCCUAUAUCGAUGACGACUAUGGAAAUCCUUCCAUCAAGACCGAGGUAGACCGCCUGGUGGAGGAAGAAAUGCGAAGGAGCUCGAAGAAACCCGCGGACUUCUUGAAGGACUUGCCUCCCCUACCUCGCUUCAGUUUCGAGAACUAUCCCAUGCUUGCCAAAGAACAUGACCGUGUGAGAGCAGGGAAGCCUCCAGUUGCUAUUGAUUUUUCACGAUAUGCCCAUUUGGAUCAGCCUUCUGCAAAUAAGGUGAAUGAUGAAACUGCCUGGAAGCAGUCACUUCAGAGAGCACAACGCUUGCUUCAGCAUCAAGUCCUUAGGCUGGAGAAUUUGGACUUGAUGUCAAGGUAUGGUCCUGAUGUAUGGGUACAGAACAACCGGCAACUAGAAGGAAUGUUAGCGAGGAUGCAGAAACUGGCUCAGGAACACAAUGAAAAGAUUGAAGCAGUAAAUCGUGAGAGGAAGUACCACCAGCAAACCACUGCAUAUGAGCUGAAUGCUCUGUCGACACAGUGGAAAGAGCUUACCUUGAAAAAUAUUGAAAUUCAAGCAGCAUGUGCUACUGUUCAGAGUCAGAUAGACGAGCUGAAGGGAGAAGCUUCCGAGAGAGGAUGGAACUUGGAAGCUAGCAUAGAGAAUGGUUCUCAGUUGCAUUGAGAAAUUAUCAGGAUGAUAAGUAGGAAGAAUGGAGAAGUGGAUCUCUACUCUUUUAUUAGAAGUGGCAUGGUACACGAUUAGGGAACUUGCUGGAUGCUGUUCACUCAGUCUGUGGUGGUUUCAUUCAUCUUUUUCAAUAGCGUCGCAGCGGCGCGGAUCAACAUGAUAUGGAGAGGUCGUGAUUUGAAAGUACUGUAAACAUGCAUAAUAGAUUGAGCUUGUAGCCAUUUAUCCAAGAACUAUUGAAACCUCUAAUGCCCUAUCUAUU